GCUCUUAACAGCAUGGACAUGUUUGGCCCAGGACAACUGGUAUCUACUCUGCUGCCUGCAGUUUUCCAUUCACCUGCAGCUCACUUUUUCCCUGCAUUCCCAACCAGACUGGGCUCUCAACCUCAGAUUCUGAUCCCGGGGCCCUUUAUCAGCUAUGAAUCCUUGAGGAAUUAUCUGCAGCCAGAGCCAUGCAAGGAAGCUUUUCUCCUGGCCACACAGGCAGUCAGGAUGGGGCCACUCACAGAGGGCAUAGAUGAACAGAGGCCAGUGAAGCAGCGUCGUGCACGGGCCAACUACAGCAGCUGGCAGCUGGAGGAGCUGGAAAAGGCCUUCGAGACCACCCACUACCCAGACAUCUUCAUGAGGGAAGCCCUGGCCCUCAGACUGGACCUCAUCGAGGCCAGAGUACAGGUUUGGUUUCAAAACCGCCGUGCCAAGAUGAGGCGGCAGCUGAAAGUCCAGGGCCAGCUUGGAGGGCCUUAUGUAAAAAGAGACAAUGAUGAAACGCCUGAGAAAGCGAGCAGGAGUUUAAAACAGCAGACGGAAUGUUCUAAUGGCGAGCACUGGGAGAGACGACAGGAAGGAGAAAACUAUCCAUGGACAAAAACUGUGAGUGCUGCGCUGAGCGUGCGUAUGCAGCCUGUGACCCAGAGGUCGGGGAAGUGGGAGAGGCCGGAGGGGCUGAGCUCAGAUGAGCUCCGCUCCUGCAGCAUUGCAAAGCUGAGGGCCAAAGCCAGAGAGCACGAGGCCGAGAUCCACAGCACUGUAAACAUGCCAGGAGGCGAAACGCAGUCACAAACGCAGGAAGAUGAUGCCAUGCACAGCGAUUGA